GUGAGGUGGAGAAAUCAUCAUUUAGGUAGCUCACUGCUAGCUGCCUAUAGCCGACUUCCGAGGUGUUAUGAGCUUUGUAGCCGAAAUCAGUAGAUUGUUUUAGUUUUAAUAGGAGCAACGAUGACCCUCUAACACCAAGAAUGGACAUAAGUUAACAAUGACGGGGGAGAAAAAGAAGAAAAAGCGGCUGAACCGCAGCAUUCUUCUUGCAAAGAAAAUUAUAAUAAAAGAUGGAGGAAGUCCUCAGGGAAUCGGUGAGCCCAGUGUUUACCAUGCUGUGGUGGUCAUCUUCCUGGAGUUUUUUGCAUGGGGUCUUCUCACCACCCCAAUGCUCACGGUAUUACACCAGACAUUCCCCCAACACACAUUCCUGAUGAAUGGACUUAUCCAUGGUGUCAAGGGCCUAUUAUCAUUUCUCAGCGCUCCGCUGAUUGGAGCGUUGUCAGACGUUUGGGGACGCAAAUCCUUCUUGCUGCUAACGGUCUUCUUCACGUGUGCACCCAUUCCACUGAUGAAGAUCAGCCCAUGGUGGUACUUUGCAGUAAUCUCCAUGUCCGGCGUCUUUGCCGUCACCUUUUCUGUAAUCUUUGCCUACGUGGCGGAUAUCACGCAGGAGCAUGAGAGGAGCACAGCCUACGGUUUGGUAUCCGCCACCUUUGCAGCCAGCCUGGUUACCAGCCCGGCCAUCGGAGCCUACUUAUCGGUGACCUACGGCGACACCUUGGUGGUGAUCCUGGCCACGGCCAUUGCCCUACUGGACAUCUGCUUCAUCCUGGUGGCCGUACCAGAGUCGCUGCCGGAGAAGAUGAGGCCAGCGUCAUGGGGAGCACCCAUCUCCUGGGAACAGGCAGACCCCUUCGCUUCUCUGCGUAAGGUGGGCCAGGACUCCACGGUGCUCCUCAUCUGUAUCACAGUGUUCCUCUCCUACCUCCCCGAGGCCGGCCAGUACUCCAGCUUCUUCCUCUAUCUCAGACAGGUCAUAAGCUUCUCAUCAGAGACAGUGGCUGCCUUUAUCGCUGUGGUGGGGAUCCUCUCAAUAAUAGCCCAGACGGUGGUGUUGGGGAUCCUGAUGCGCUCCAUCGGGAAUAAGAACACGAUCCUGCUCGGCCUCGGCUUCCAGAUCCUCCAGCUGGCGUGGUACGGCUUCGGCUCUCAGCCCUGGAUGAUGUGGGCUGCUGGAGCGGUUGCAGCCAUGUCCAGCAUCACUUUCCCCGCCAUCAGCGCCAUCGUGUCCCGUAAUGCAGAACCUGACCAACAAGGUGUUGUCCAGGGGAUGAUUACUGGAAUCCGGGGCCUCUGUAACGGUUUGGGCCCUGCUCUUUACGGUUUUGUCUUCUACUUGUUCCACGUGGAGCUGACCGACACGGACGGCUCUGAGAAAGGUGCCAAACCCAACAUGGCCAACCCCACUGAUGAGAGUGCCAUCAUCCCAGGUCCUCCUUUCCUGUUUGGUGCAUGCUCAGUGCUGCUGUCCCUGCUGGUGGCCCUGUUUAUCCCGGAGCACACGGGGCCCGGCCAGAGGCCCGGCGCCUAUAAGAAGCACAGCAACGGGGCCCAGAGUCACUCCCACAGCCCUCAAGGCAGCGGGGCUGAGGGCAAGGAGCCGCUGCUGGAGGACAGCAGUGUAUAACCACAGCUAAGGGGGGGCAGACAGCGCUCCAACCCAACACCCCCGCACACACAGAAAUACACAUUUAACCACACGGACACACUCUCACCUCAGGCACACAUCAGACUCAAAGUGCCAUGAAGAGGUGUUUGUGUCCACGGCACAAAAGUGGGCACUCAUCCCUUGGCGGCCCUUUUUCUUUCUUUUUUUUAAAGCGGGGUGUUAUGAGGACUCUCUAAAGACCCUGUAUGAAGAGAUUGUGUUGAGUAUUCUUUUGGGCUGCAGUGGAAAGGUGUGUGUGUGUGUGUGUGUGUCUUGCUGAGCUGGACUCUAAUCCUUGGUUUCUAUAAAGCGGUAACAGAGUGGAGCAUACAACAGCUUGUCCCCUCCCGGUGUAAAACAGAAGCGGAGUGAUUUGGUUCAGAGUGCGAGUGGGGUGGAUAUCAAAUGUUACUAAAUACCUGUGUGAUUCUUCAUAUUCUUCUGUAGCCAGUGACGUGGCAACUUUGUCUGUUUGUUCAACGGGAGUGUGACAAACAGUGGGUUGAGCGCUCGUCUGCUGGUUUUUCACGAGCUAAAUUCAGUUCUGAUGCUCGUCUCUGUUAAAGCGUCCGAGAAGGGAACACAGUUCUUCCUCUGAAUGCACAGCAGCAACUGUUCACCUACGAGGGGAGUUUCUGCAAACCAGUGUAUGGAGAGGCGCCUGUCUAAUCUAGGUCAGGACGGGUCAACCAGUUCAAAUAAAAAAAACAAAUUUAAAAAAAGCAGCUUCUUAAGACCACACUUUGUUUAAACAUCACACUUCUGACAGAGAGAAGUGUGCGAGAGAGACCACUUUAUUAGCGGAAGCUGUUUUUCAGUGUUUACUUGCCAUUCUCUAGAUUAGUAGUACAGUUUGGGUUGUAUAUUUUUCUCUGUUCGAACUGAAGGCUAGUUGUGCUUCAAGUUUUUAGUCAAACAAAUGUUGCCUCGAAGUGAAUUAAUAUAUAUAUAUAAAUGUAUAUAUAUUAAUUACGUAAUAACCUGUAUGAAGACCGAGGUCUGAAAAGGCUCUGUAAUCGUGCGCUAUCGCUCCCAUCGGAGCAGUUACAAACUUUUUAUUCCUUUUUUGUUUUCAUGCCCUUUCUGUUGCUUUGUUUCCCGGCAUGCAUCACCAUCAGAACUUACAGAACCAUGUUUUUAUUUGACAAGCCUCUGGAGCUAGAGCGUCGCUAUCGGCACGUCAGUGUUGGCGCCGACUGUUAAUACGGAGUCUUUGAAUUAAUAUCAUUGGGUUGAACAGAACAUCACUCGUGCUGCUGCGGUAGAUAAUUCAAAGGUUGAGUCUGAUGUGAAGUGGCGGAUACACAUUUCUACAGGCGUAAUAUGAAGAAUGAAACGGUUUCACAGAAGCCCCGUACAAGCGCUUAUUAACAGGCACUGCAAAUGUCCCAAACCGUAACAAACAAAUGGUAAAAGUUUUAGAUCUCAAGCGCCUCAAGGAGCUGGCUUCAAACUGACAUUUACCAGGCUUCAGUAGUUUAGACUUACUGGUUUGAGACAAGGAAAGUAAAAGCUGCUACAAAUUUGGCAGCUAUUACAGUUUCACAUUUGUCUUUUUUAAAGAUGUUGUUUUUUUUAAGGUUUUACAUUUUUCCACAAACACCCGUUCACUACGAUAGAGUAAAAAUGGAGCAUUAAGUGUCAGUCAACAUUCAAUUCAUUCAUAAAAACAUAACAGUGCUGGCAUCCUAAUCAAGCAAUGCCUAUUAUCAACAACGCAAAACUACACAGAAUUAUUUAGAGAAACUUUCCCACAAAAACAACAAAUUCUAUUAACCUUCAAAGUAACCAGGAGGGCUUUGAUAAGAAGUAUGAUCCAGUCAACAUGUUAAAUAUAAUGUAGCAGGAUGUAAAACAUUAAAUACACACACGGGUGUCAUAACUGCAUGUAUUGUGUUUCUUUGCUGUGGGUGGUGCACAUCAGCACACAUCUGUCUGCAGGUCUAAUGUGCUGCUGUUAUCUUUCUUGCCAGUAGGCGGCGCUGGUUGAACAUGAACUGCUCCUGGUUUUGGUGGCUGCAUCAGUGACGCUGUGUUCCCUUUGUUCGCAUACUAGUUUGUUCAGCAACUGGUACAUGUUCCAAAUUUCAGAAGUUGAUUUAUAAAAUGCCUCAAGUGCAUUUAAAUAGCCAAAUCUGACCUGGUUUGGAUAAAUAGCUUACAAUGGGUUUCAUGCUGUUUAACAUCUAUCUGAAGAGAAGUGUACGUGAUAUAUUUUGUGCCAAUUUUGUUCUGGUUUUCGUAUGUGUGCUUGUUCACUUGAGUGAUUUGAAUAUUUUUCUCUUGUUUUUUCUUUUCUUAAUUUUUUGGCUGAAUUCUUGUCCAUUGAUCUCUUUUGAUUUCAAUCUUCAUUUAAUAACAAGCAUUUCACUGGUUCGUUAUAUUUGAUAUUUUUCCCCGCUGUAUCAGUAGAUGAUAACAAAGCCAAGCUGUACAUGACCGCGCUACACCCCCAACAUUUGACUUUUGAGUUAUUAUUUCAGAAGGGGUGUUACUAGACAGAAGGCCAUUGAUGUUGAUUUAAUCUCUGAA